AUGAACAGAGAGAUGAUUUACGUUGCACUGAUCCUCCUCCUGCUGCCCAUCAGCAGUCAGGAUGGAUCAGCUGUGUUUAAGGUUCCUCCCAUGCCAGUGAUCGUCCAGGAGGAAGGGACGGACGUCCUGCUGGAGUGUGUACCCAUCAUCCCCAGCGCUACAAACUUCACCCUCCGCAUGGUAGACAGAUCUGAUCUUCCUCCCGGCCUGAACUUUACAGUGGAUCCCAAACAGGGGAUUGUGCUCCGAGCCCCGAGGCCCAGCCACAGCGGCGAAUACGUCUGCAGCACGCGAGUGAAUGCAGCGUGGCAACAUUCAUCCACGUUCCACAUCACCAUCACAAAAAAAGUGCGUGUUCCUCCAGCCAUGUCUGUGGAGGUGGACGAGUGCGUCCGAGUCGUCGGAGAGAAACUGCAGCUCACCUGCAACGCCAGCAACCCCAAUCACGAUGUCAUCGUCAAAUGGAGACACUCCAGCAAUCAGACACUUCAAUUUAACAAGAGAGUGAUAAGCAGUAACCAGGUUCACGUGGUGAGUGUGGUCACUCUUCCUCACGUCAACCCGUCUCACGCCGGUAAUCUGACCUGCAUCGCCACAAACACAGCAGGAAAAAACACCAACACCGUCUCGCUCCGAAUCGCAGAGAAGCCGUAUGUGUCUCUGAUGCCACUGAAGCCGAGGGGUUUAAACGCCACUGUGAAGCUGAUGAAAGGUGCGACGCUAGAGCUGAAGGUAGAAGUCGACGCCUAUCCCACGAUCCAGGACGGGAGGUGGAGCACACCACAGACUACAAACACCUCCAGCUACAUGGAAACACUCUCCACCAUCCACAGGAGUUACAGACAAGUAGCUUCACUGUCCAUAAAGAGAAUCAGAGCGGAUGAGAGCGGCUGGUACAGCUUUAAUGCCUGGGGUGCCGAUAUUAAUGCCUCAACUCACUUUAAAGUCCAUGUCUACCAGGAGCCGAGUGUUGUGAUUGAAUGGAGGAACGGUUCUUUAACGUGUCUGGCCUCAGGUUUUCCGACCCCCACUGUUUACUGGCAGCAGUGUGAGGAACCUCCCCAAACAAAUGAUGGCUGUGAUAGAAACACAUCAUCUGUGAAAUUACCGUGUGAGCAGCACACACUGCAGCAGCUCGAUGAGUUCCAGGCCGGUGCAGUACGGAGUGUGUUACUGACCCCCCUCUACAACACCACGGCUCAGUGUGUGGCUGUGAACACGGCCGGAGUCAGGCGGAGCGUCAUCAGCUUACCGCCCCUGCUCCGUAUUUCUCAGCCUGCGCCUGAUGUCUGGACGUCUCAGAUUUUCCUUACCAUCGUCAUUGCUGCCUCCAUUACAGUCACGCUGCUCUUCAUCUUGUUGGGUGUCUGUGUGUACAGGUGUAAACAGACACCAAAAUAUGAGAUCCAGUGGAAAAUCAUCGAGGUGGGCGAUGGGAAUAAUUACACGUACAUCGAUCCCACUCAGCUUUCCUACAACUCCAAGUGGGAGUUUCCCCGAGACAGACUGACAUUCGGUCAGGUUCUGGGCUCCGGGGCCUUCGGUAAAGUGGUGGAGGCCACAGCGUUGGGUCUGGAGAAGGAUGACCACAUCACUCAGGUGGCCGUGAAAAUGCUGAAGUCCAGCGCUCACUCAGAGGAGAGAGAAGCUCUGAUGUGUGAACUGAAGAUUCUGAGUCAUCUCGGAUCUCACGCCAACAUCGUCAACCUGCUGGGAGCCUGCACACAUGGGGGUCCCGUGUUGUUAAUAACGGAGUUCUGCAGUCACGGUGAUCUGCUCAACUUCCUGCGCAGGAAAGCGCUGUAUUUUAUGAACUCAGUGUUUCACACACACGAGCUCUCACACAUCUACAAGAACCUGACAGAGAACCAGAACCACGAAAGACCCGAUAAGACCAACAGUUACAUGGACAUGCAGCCAGGUCAAAGGUCAAAAGAGUGUACAGAGGGAGGGAGAACCCUGAGAGAUCCAUCAGCUCUGACCCUGGAGCACCUGCUGAGGUUCUCCGCUCAUGUGGCUCAGGGGAUGAACUUCCUCGCAUCCAAGAACUGUAUCCACAGAGACGUCGCUGCUAGAAACGUCCUGGUGUCUGACUCUCUGGUAGCGAAGAUCUGUGAUUUCGGUCUGGCGCGUGACAUCAUGAACGACUCGAACUACGUGGUGAGAGGAAACGCGCGCCUGCCGGUGAAGUGGAUGUCUCCAGAGAGUAUCUUCGAGUGUCUCUACACAGUACAGAGUGACGUUUGGUCGUACGGGAUCCUGCUCUGGGAAAUCUUUUCUCUCGGGAGAAGUCCUUACCCAGAUGUGGUGGUCAAUGCUCGGUUCUACAAGAUGAUCAGAUGUGGAUAUCACAUGUCACAGCCGGACUUCGCUCCUGAUGAGAUGUACAGGCUCAUGAAGAUGUGCUGGAGCCUCGAGCCGACCUUGAGACCGACCUUCGACAAAAUCGGCGAGAUCGUCAGAACACUGCUGCCUGAGAACUCAGAGCAGCAGCAGUAUAUGAACAUUCAGCAGGAGCUUGCACAGAAGUCCGAGUCGAUGAAGUGUGCAACAACCAAAACGAGCGAGAAUCAUGACGAUAAAACACCGGAAGAGCAGCGUCCACUCACACACUCCAAUAACUACCAGCUUUACUGACCCACAGCGUCAGGGCUCUCUCAGGAACACCAUAAACAUCAGCAGGGGUGUGUGUUACUGUUAGCUUUACAGGCUAAACCAUCAAUGAGCAUUAGCAUUAGCAUCGUACUAAUGAAACCACAGACACAUGUAAUAACAUGCUGAGAGUCAGAGCGACCCGUACAUUUAUAAAUUAUUGAUUAUAAAGUGAUUAAACUCAGUGAGGCAUGAAAUUAAUUCAUUAUUCAGUGUAAGUGUGUAAAUUUCCAGACAGGAUCCUCAGAUAUUUUACAGUCCGAUCAAAUUUCAUCACAUUUAUUCACUAUAACCAAGCAUUCUCUACAAUCUACAGUGGUAAUGUAAUAAUAAUAAUAAUAAAAAUAAUAAUAAUAAUAAUAAUGGGGCGGCAUGAUGGUGUAGUGGUUAGCGCUGUCGCCUCACAGCAAGAAGGUCCUGGGUUCGAGCCCCGUGGCCGGCGAGGGCCUUUCUGUGCGGAGUUUGCAUGUUCUCCCCGUGUCCGCGUGGGUUUCCUCCGGGUGCUCCGGUUUCCCCCACAGUCCAAAGACAUGCAGGUUAGGUUAACUGGUGACUCUAAAUUGAGCGUAGGUGUGAGUGUGAGUGUGAAUGGUUGUCUGUGUCUAUGUGUCAGCCCUGUGAUGACCUGGCGACUUGUCCAGGGUGAACCCCGCCUUUCACCCGUAGUCAGCUGGGAUAGGAUCCAGCUCGCCUGCGACCCUGUAGAACAGGAUAAAGCGGCUACAGAUAAUGAGAUGAGAUGAGAUAAUAAUGAGUCAUCUCUCUCUCACUCUCUUUCUCACUCUGUACACUUAUAGAUAAGUUUUGUUUAAACUCCCUGUUAAUUGUGGGUUUUUAAAAAAGAUUUUAAUAAUUAAAAGUCUUCCUGUAUCUGUGUUUCUUAAUUUCCUGAAAUUUCAGAAGUUUAAGAUCGCAUUAUAAUGAUAUAAACUUAUGAACACACUGGGGAUGUUUCUGUAAAUAUGUACAUA